GUGGUGGGAGAGCGUGGAAGGGAAGUACCAUGGGGAAAUAACAUGGGCGGACUUUGAGCUAGAGUUCUAUGCUCAAUACUACUCCGAGUACGAGGUGAAUGUGAAACGGAGAGAGUACACUAACCUCAAACAGAAAGAUGGCGGCACAGUUAAACAACUGGAACAAGAGUUUAGAACCUUGGCUAGGUUCUUGCCGGAGUACGCGGUUGAUGAGAACCGCAUGACGGAGCACUUUUGGGAUGCCCUACUCUUGGACAUUCGUGACCGAGCUACGUACUCGCGCCACAUGACCUUCAGCGAGGUGGUGGAACAGGGCCUUCUCGGGGAGGCCCAAUGGAAUGAGAGGAAAGAGAGAGACGCCGAAGAGGCGAAAAAGAGAAAAUGGCAAAGCUCGGGGCCGCCCGAGCAAGCACGGAGGGAUAAACACGGCGGAGGUGGGGGUUCGUUCAAAACACCGGCACCACCGACAAAGAAGAACAAGGAUGCUCGGUGGCAUGCAUCCUCCUCCCAAAAGACGGGACCCCCUAGGUGUGCUAAUUGUUCGAAAAAUCACUUUGGGAAAUGCAAUGCACCCCCAAGGUGUUAUCAAUGUGGGAACACGGGUCACAUGAAGGCCAAUUGCCCACAACUAGGGGGAGGAGGAGCUCCGGGAUCCGGAGGAGGAACCAUGACGGGAAGAAACCGUGCGGGACCGUCAAACGGCGGUACGGGAAGAGGCAACGCAUCCACAAGUCAUGCCGCGUCCGUAAAUCAAGGCGGGACCCAAGCACGAGUGUACGCAAUGACCGAGGCGGAUGCGCGAGCAAACCCGGACUCCGUUGCAGGUUGAAGCUAGAGCUUGCUACUUGCACCUUCUCACGGGUGAUAUCAAAUCAGGGAGACGUGGUUCGUGCUUCCUUAUUUUCUUUCAAACUACCGAACACUUGCUCAUGGAUAUUUGUUUUACUACAAACUAUUUUUGGGGCUUGCAUGCCCAUGUUGUCGGCCGGUUGUGGCCCAUGACUUACCGUUGAAUAUUUCCGCUAUUCAUUGGUUUAAUGUGAUGUUGUUAUGUAUGUUUACUACUGAGUAUGGAUGGAUUGUUUUCUCGAACGCCUUGUGUAAUUAAGUGAGGUUGACCCGUGGGUGACGUCACUUAGUUAUACGGCGGUUGUACACGCGCUUGGAUUGCGGUCUGGGGCGUGACAAACGGUCUAAGGACCUGGUUCCACGGAAAGGAGGAUGAUGACUGUGCAUGGUGGAUUGACUCGGGGGCUACGAGCCAUGUGUGUAAGGAUAAAGGAUGGUUUGAAGACCUAGAACAAGUGGAGGUCGGUUCCUUAUUACGCAUGGGAGACGAGUCAAUGGUGCCUAUCUUGGGAAAGGGUGUAGUUGUUUUAGAAUUUACUUCUGGGAAAACAAUUACGUUGUUUGAUGUUUUGUAUGUACCGAAGGUUCGAAAGAAUCUUGUUUCGGGAAGUAUGUUGAAUAAUUUAG